ACCGUAGAAGUGUACGGUAGGUGUAGGGUAGCAUAAUAGGGCGCUCAGUUGCUCAAUCUCCGCUUGGAUCCCUUCUUGCCACCAUGACACCUGCCAUCACAAAACGGCCACGGCCAUGUUCCGCAAUUUUAAAAUCCAUUAUCAGCCCAACAAAGAAGUACCAUGACGAAUCAUCACUGGUCCCACCUCUGGAAUUUCCUGAUCUUACUGGUGGCGGUUGCUGCUCUUUUGGUUCCAUCCAGCCAGGCAUUCUCACAGCAUCCUCUUCCCACUACCGCUAGAAACCACCAUUGUCAUGACCCAAGACGACCAUGUAGUAGUAUCUUGUUCAUGGCUCUGACACCGAUAGGACCCUUUUGUCCAUUUCGCAGUGCCGCCGCAACGGCAAUGGAUGCUCCCAUGGACGAAAUGCAGGAACAUGCUCCGGAUUUUGCUACCGAAAUGACCCGCUUCCAACUCGACUUGCAAAUGGGACAAACUCCCGAACCCGAACGACUCCGCGUGGUUGCCAAUGGAUUGGAUCACGCCGUCGAUCAAUGGGAAACGCUGGUGGCCCGUCUACGCAUGAGUGGAGACUUUCAAACCAAGGAAUAUGCCAAAUUGACCGAAGCCCAUUUGAAUGUCCACGGACAAUCGGUGGCACAAUUGGGUGCCAUGAUGAAAUGGCAAUCGGCCUGUAUGCGGGCCAUGGCCGACAAUACACAUCCACCUCUUCCACCACCCGAUAUCGAUCUUGGCAAACUCAUGGCGGAAGCGAACAACGACUCUGCUGACAAACCAUCGCCCUCCAUGUCGGCCAUGACGGCCGCCGAACAAAUUACCAGUCCACCAUUUGAUGAUGCCAAGCUAGAUGGUGUUGUGAAGGAAGAAUAUGAAAAACUCUGUCGCGAUCAUCAAAGUUUGAUUGAAUUUGGAGCCAAAUAUGAUACGUUUGAUCCAUUGGGCAAGUUGGCCUUUUUGGAUCAGGUGGAAGCCAUUGAAGAACGAUGGGAUGUGUUUUUCACUAGAUUCUCACUUAUGGGAGCUCUCAAUGACACCUACAUUCAACAAUGCAAUGGAUUUUUGCAAAGCAUGGGCAUGACCGAACAGGAUUAUCGAACGCUUUUGCGCAAGUCACACGAAAUCAUGCGACAAGAUGCCGAGGCGGAACGGAGCUUGUAGCUAGUCUGUGUGCAAGAAUGCGAGGCACACAAACUUUGAACUGAUACUGAAAAUAACUGUAAAUGAUUCUCUACUACGGUACAAGGGAAAGCUUCUGGGAGCUCAUUAUUCUACAUCUUCCUUUGGAAUAGGGCCUGGAAAGCAACCAUUUUCGAAGACGCUCUGGUGGUGGGGAUUCAUGGGUAGUGCUUGCAUACAGUAACAGCUAGUAGAAUGUCAUGAAGUUCCCCC